AAUUGUCGCAUGACUUCUGAGGGAGAGACAGUGCACUGCCUGCCUGUCAAGCAGUGAGAGCAGCAGACACACUGAAGGAAGGAAAGUGAGUCAGAGACAGAGACAGAGACAGACAGACCACACAGACAGACUCACAGACAGAUCCGCCAGUCAACUCACCUCCCUCAGGUAAUUCAAUCUUCUGACCUAGGGGCCUCUCAGUGUCAGUGUGUCCCUCUGCAUGUGUCUUUAUUACGUUGAAUCUACUGGGAAAAUGGUCUGUGACUGUGUGUUGAUGCUGAUGAGGAUGAAUGAUGAUGAUGCAUUUCUGUUGCUUUAACAGUCUAUAAGGGUUCACAGAUGGUCCUGUGUGUGUUAAUAGAUAGUGUCGUCCUGGAAUCUUAGGGCAGCAUGUGUAGUAGACAUGCUGCUCAAUGCGCAGCAUUGCCAUGUCUUGACUGUAGAGUUUCAGAAUCAGCAGAAUAUGGGGGCAGAGAGCAGAAGUAAACCAUUGCACCGUUGUUAAACAGGAAGUUAGUUGGGUUGUGGUUAGCCUUGCUGCAACUGCUGAAAAGUAUUCUAACGUGAAAGCUAACAGUAACUCAGAUAGAAAUGUACAUUUUCUAAAAGUUUCCAACAUAUCUUCACUAUUCACCGAAUAACAUGUGCAUCAGCAUGUGGAAUUGACUGGCACAUGCAGAUUUGUAAUCUCUUAAUUUGGAAAUUAUGAACAAUAUAGAAUAGAUAUUUUGUCUUUUAAUAGUGGUUGAAGAAUCAAUAACAAACUACACUUAAAGGAAUGUGCCUUUGCAUACAAAACAAUUGAGAGAAACCGAGGAAGCACAAUUGAUUGCUGUAUAAAGAUUACUUUGAGUGACAGACAGAUUGGCUUUAAUAAAUGUCCACAUCAUAAUAUUGUUCCAAUAAACCUCUCUUCCUACAUAUAAUCCAUGCAAAUGUACCUUACUGUUUGAUUAUUUUCUUAGUACAUAAUGAAUAAGCUGUCUGUUUAAAAGAGAACAAGAUUUGCAUGUGAAAUCUGCAGUACCAUGACUGAUGUUUGUGGGUAUUGCAGUUUUAUUUCCAUAAAGGCCCUUGAUGAUUUUAGUGGCUGAGUCCACAGGUAAUCCUUGAUGACAGAUGAGGGUUUUAGGGAUUUCAAAUCAAGGAACUGGAUUUGCCUCAUGAAAGAUAACGCCCCUCAUGAUCAAAAUGCAAAGACACAUUUUACUUCAUCAUCAAAAUGUAAAGAGGGUAAAUGUCGGCCCUAAAAAGGCAAUAAUAUCCUGUUUUUAGAUUAGUGAACAUCACACUGUCAUUGUGUCAUCCAGUGUGUGGUUUAUUUAAUCAUCAGAGAGUGUCUCGCUGCUGAUUGAAAUGAAAUGCUUGCAAAGUGACAGAGCUGGUCAUUUUGAAACAUGGUGUGAAAAUAUAUCAGUUUCACUUCUGCUUCUGACCUCUAUAGCUAUGGUGGAAGAAAGGGAACAAAAUCUCCUUGUUCUUCCUUAUUUGAGCAUUCAGAAGUGUGCUACUGGGCCUCCUGUGUGGCGCAGCGGUCUAAGGCACUGCAUCACAGUGCUAGAGGCUUCACUACAGACCCGGGUACGAUCCUGUGCUGUAUCACAACCAGCCGUGAUCUGGAGUCCCAUAGGGCGGCGCACAAUUGGCCCAGUGUCGUCCGGGUUAGGGGAGGGUUUACUUGGCUCAUCGUGCUCUUGUGGCAGGCCAGGCGCCUGCAGGCUGACCUCGGUCGUCGGUUGAACGGUGUUUCCUCCGACACAUUGGUGCGGCUGGCUUCCGGGUUAAGCAGGCGGGUGUUAAGAAGCGCGGUUUAGUGGGUCAUGUUUCGGAGGACGCAUGACUCGAGCUUCGCCUCCCGAGCCCGUUGGGAAGUUGCAGCGAUGAGACAAGAUCGAAAAUUGGUGAGAAAAAAGGGGUAAAAUACAUACUAAAAUAAAAAUAAGUGUGCUACUACAGUACAUACAUGGUUGAAUUAGACUAAUAAUGUUCUCUAGACCUUUCUCCAUACUAUAGGUUUAGAAAACCAUAGAUGCCAUUUCUAGGAGCCAAUCAGGUUUGUUCUGAUGAGGUGGGUGACAAUGGAAAGAGAGACAUUUGUUACUCAUCUCUAAACUUCACACCUCGGAGGCAAGCAGAGCAGAGCAAAGUGGGUCUCUGUAUCUAACGUGACCUUUUAUCUCUGUGGUUUACAGCCGUAGAGGUCUCAAUGAAGCCACACAGUGAAAUGGCAGCCAUUCUUCCUGUCUGUUAUCAAUAUAGCAACCUCUAUUCCACUCUCGACUCAGACUGAGGCCUUAGGCCUGGAAUGUAUACUUAGUCCUAAGGCAGAUGAGGAAGAAUUCAGAGGAGUUUCAGAUAAACACAUCCGCACGCAAACUUUGAGUUGCUCUGGCUCACCACACAGAAUGUCACAAGACAAACUUAUCUGAAUUGCAUAAUAUAUUAUUCUCCCUAUUUCACACAAGUCUUAAGCCAUAUCCUCAUGACGACUUUGUUGUCGUGUAUACUUGGAAACGCUAGUUAUGUGAUAAUGACUUGCAGUUGCAAAGGGGUGUAAUAAAGACACAUGAAUGGUGCGAAUUACCUCAUCAGAAAAAGUAUGAAGUAGCUCACUAGAAGCAGGAUACUUUAGAAUGAAAUAGACAUCAGAGCCCAGAACCACUGGGUACAGCAUUUAUUUUGUUGCAAUUAUCACAGUGACAACAUGCAGAAAUAUAAUACUUUUUCCAGUUCCUCCUUGUUGAGUAUGUUCAGUAUUGUAUGACUUUGUAAAGAAAGUUGAAGUUGAAGUUGUGUUUGAUGGUUUCAGAUCCCACAAAAUGGCUGCUCCAGCACAGAUUUCUCAGGAUGAGUUGGAAGAACUGAGAGAAGCCUUUGCUAAGAUCGGUGAGAGCCUGACAGGGAGCCUGAACAAUCUCCAAUCCUGAUUCCCCUAUACUAAGACAGAAACUGAAACAUAGUUGAUACAUUAUAUACUCACUUCACUCUCUCUCUUUUAUCCUGGGUCACUGACUCAUUAUGCAUUCAACAAGGCUACAUUUUACAUGACCUUUUGACUUAUCCAUCCUGUUCCAGAUGUCGACUCUCAUGGCCACAUUGGCACAGAAGAGCUCAAUGACCUGUUCAAAGCUGCCAACCUGCCGUUGCCAGGAUACAGAGUCAGAGAGAUCAUCCAGGAUCUCACCAAGACAGGAGACCUGCAUGACGGCAAAGUCACCUUCGAUGAGUUUGCCAAUGUAAGUUCAGAGGUCACGAGGUUAAAGUCAAUGUCAUUUACAAAAAGUAAAUGUCAAAGAAGAGCAGAACUUAGCUUGAUACAUCUUGACAUGACACCAGAGAAACAUGGUAUCAUCUCACCACCAUGUUUCCUUCCACUAAGGUGGUCCAUGGACUGAAGAGUACAGAGGUGGCUAAGACCUUCAAGAAAGCCAUCAACAAGAAGGAGGGCAUCUAUGCCGUAGCAGGAACCUCAGAGCAGUCCAGCUCAGGCACACAGCACUCCUACUCAGGUGACUGCCCCUACUUGUUUCACUGGCUGAGAAUUCCCCCAAGCUAUCUAUUUGAGUCACUCUCUAGAUAAAUCUGUAGCCAACAUGACACAGGAAGCACUAAUUAUUCAAAUGAGACAUACAGAACCACAUCUACAUCUAUGUCUGGAACAAUCCAUAAGUACAACAACACUUCCUGGUCCGUGAAGUCACAUAUCUGAAGGCCUCUGAUUGGCUAAUGUAUAUAAAUAUUUCCCCAUAAAUACAAAUACUCCUACAUGUAUAUUGUGCAUUCACCCCCAUACCCCCACCUUUCUCCACUGACAGAGGAGGAGAAGGUUGCUUUUGUGAACUGGGUGAAUAAGGCCUUGGAGAAAGACCCAGAUUGCAAGCAUGUUCUCCCCAUGGACCCCACCACCAACGACCUGUUCACCGCUGUCGGAGAUGGGAUCGUUUUAUGGUACUUUCUAACUGGUCUCAUAGACUUACUUUAGAGUAAAAACCAAUCCCUAUGGCAAUAUUCCAUUGAUAUCUAACUAUGUAUCUCUCCUUCACCUGGUAGUAAGAUGAUCAACCAGUCUGUUCCGGACACCAUCGAUGAAAGAACCAUCAACAAGAAGAAGCUCACACCCUUCACCAUCCAGGUAACCUUUUAUAGCCAUUACUGUAACACCACAUGACUAUCAGAGGACAGCAGCUUUUUAUAACCCAUUGACACAGUAGUUUAUUUUCUUUGUCAUUAAACAGUUGAAGUCAGAAGUUUACAUACACCUUAGCCAAAUACAUUUAAACUCAGUUUUUCACAAUUCCUCACAUUUAAUCCUAGUAAAAAUUCCCUGUCUUAGGUCAGUUAGGAUCCCCACUUUAUUUUGAGAAUGUGAAAUGUCAGAAUAAUAGUAGAGAGAAUGAUUUAUUUCAGCUUUUAUUUCUUUCAUCACAUUCCCAGUGGGUCAGAAGUUUACAUACACUCAAUUAGUAUUUGGUAGCAUUGCCUUUAAAUUGUUUAACUUGGCUCAAACGUUUUGGGUAGCCUUCCACAAGCUUCCCACAAUAAGUUGGGUGAAUGUUGGCCCAUUCCUCCUGACAGAGCUGGUGUAACUGAGUCAGGUUUGUAGGCCUCCUUGCGCGUACACGCUAUUUCAGUUCUGCCCACAAAUGUUCUAUAGGAUUGAGGUCAGGGCUUUGUGAUGGCCACUCCAAUACCUUGACUUUGUUGUCCUUAAGCCAUUUUGCCACAACUUUGGAAGUAUGCUUAGGGUCAUUGUCCAUUCGGAAGACCCAUUUGAGACCAAGCUUUAACUUCCUGACUGAUGUCUUGAGAUGUUGCUUCAAUAUAUCCACAUAAUUUUCCUCCUCAUGAUGCCAUCUAUUUUGUGAAGUGCACCAGUCCCUCCUGCAGCAAAGCACCCCCACAGCAUGAUGCUGCCACCCCCGUGCUUCACGGUUGGGAUGGUGUUCUUCGGCUUGCAUAAUUUGGUGUUCCUCCAAACAUAACGAUGGUCAUUAUGGGCAAACAGUUCUAUUUUUGUUUCAUCAGACCAGAGGACAUUUCUCCAAAAAGUACAAUCUUUGUCCCCAUGUGCAGUUGCAAACCGUAGUCUGGCUUUUUUAUGGCGGUUUUGGAGCAGUGGCUUCUUCCUUGCUGAGCGGCCUUUCAGGUUAUGUCGAUAUAGGACUCGUUUUACUGUGGCUAUAUAUACUUUUGUACCCGUUUCCUCCUGGAUCUUCACAAGGUCCUUUGCUGUUGUUCUGGGAUUGAUUUGCACUUUUCGCACCAAAGUACGUUUAUCUCUAGGAGACAGAACGCGUCUCCUUCCUGAGCGGUAUGACGGCUGCGUGGUCCCAUGGUGUUUAUACUUGCGUACUAUUGUUUGUACAGAUGAACGCGGUACCUUCAGGCUUUUGGAAAUUGCUCCCAAGGAUGAACCAGACUUGUGGAGGUCUACAAUGUUUUUUCUGAGGUCUUGCCUGAUUUCUUUUGAUUUUCCCAUGAUGUCAAGCAAAGAGGCACUGAGUUUGAAGGUAGGCCUUGAAAUACAUCCACAGGUACACCUCCAAUUGACUCAAAUGAUGUCAAUUAGCCUAUCAGAAGCAUAUAAAGCCAUGACAUCAUUUUCUGGAAUUUUCCAAGCUGUUUAAAGGCACCUUCAACUUAGUGUAUGUAAUCUUCUGACCCACUGGAAUUUUGAUACAGUGAAUUAUAAGUGAAAUAAUCUGUCUGUAAACAAUUGUUGGAAAAAUUACUUGUGUCAUGCACAAAGUAGAUGUCCUAACCGACUUGCCAAAACUAUAGUUUGUUAACAAGACAUUUGUGGAGUGGUUGGAAAAACGAGUUUUAAUGACUCCAACCUAAGUGUAUGUACACUUCCGACUUCAACUGUAUACACUAUGUCAUACACAUCUACAGUAUGCUGUGUGUGUGCUGUGCUCUAACAGGAGAACCUGAACCUGGCUCUGAACUCUGCGUCGGCCAUCGGCUGCCACGUGGUGAACAUCGGAGCAGAGGACCUGAAGGAAGGCAGGCAGCAUCUAGUCCUGGGCCUGCUCUGGCAGGUCAUCAAGAUUGGCUUGUUUGCUGACAUCGAGAUCAGCAGGAACGAAGGUGUGUGUGUGUGUGUUACAUUUUUAUUUGAAUAUGGGCUUUCAAUAUGCAUGUGUGUUUUAUAACUUUUUAACACGAGUUUGUCUAUAUAUCGACAGUACAUCACUUGAUCUCUGUAGCCUUGUUUGUAUUUACGUGUGUGUAUAAUUAUAUCAAUGGUGUGUGUGUGCAGCUCUGAUAGCCCUGCUGAGGGAUGGGGAGAGCCUGGAGGACCUGAUGAAGCUGUCCCCAGAGGAGCUGCUGCUGCGCUGGGCCAACUAUCACCUGGAGGAGGCCGGCUGCUCCAAGAUCAACAACUUCAGCUCUGACAUCAAGGUGGGUCACACACACUAUGUCGGAUCUGGAUUGUCAUAUGACUAUGUCGCUCCUGGAUCUUCUUGUGCAUUUGUGAUUGUAUUAAUUUUCUGUUUUGCAUUACAGGAUUCCAAGGCCUACUACAACAUCCUGAACCAAGUGGCCCCUAAGGGAGAUGAGGAGGGAAUUCCUCCUAUUGCCAUCGACAUUUCAGGGAUAAGGGUACAUGCUCCUCCUACACUAGAAACAUCAACCAUUGAAGGUGUAAUAUGCAGAAAUCACUCCGCCAUUUCCUGGUUGCUAAAAUUCGAAUAGUUCACCACAUUUAUGUGACAAAACAAGCAAUGCAGAGAAUCAUUGUACCAUCUAAACCGCUGUGAAAUAUAUUUUCAAUAACAAAAAAAGAUUGUAUUUUCAGCUGUUUGAAGCUGGUGUACAAAACUGAAAGUAAAAGCAGAAACGAAACUUAAGAACGGGAACCAUAGAAAUAGUGCACAUAGAACAGAUCUACCCCUUCUUAGACUUGCUUUCAAUGAGAAUGAUAGAUCUAUUACUCACAUUUUUAUGUGAAUUUGGUCAGGUCGCCCAAAAAGUGACAUAUUGCAGCUUUAAAUGUAUAUUUCAUCCAACCUGAUCAACAGAUAUAUUAUCAAUGAGUGAUACAUCAGAUGUUGCUGUUAAAGCUCCCCCUACCACCCCCUGCAGGAGAAAGACGACAUAAAGAGAGCAGAGUGCAUGUUGGAGCAGGCUGACCGUCUCGGCUGCCGGCAGUUCGUUACAGCAACCGACGUGGUCCGCGGCAACCCCAAGCUGAACUUGGCAUACAUUGCCAACCUGUUCAACAAGUACCCUGCCCUGAAGAAGCCUGAGAACCAGGACAUCGACUGGAGCUCCAUCGAGGGUCAGUGUUUGGACCAUCCCAGACCAUAACCCAGUUCCUGAGCAUCCCCUCUUCCUGAUUAUAAUAUAAACCAUAUAUACACAAGGCCUAAACCAGUGUGUAAUGUUAUCUCUGCCACUUCCAGGUGAAACCAGAGAGGAGCGCACCUUCAGGAACUGGAUGAACUCACUGGGGGUCAACCCUCGUGUCAACCACCUCUAUGUGUAAGUACAGGUCACUCCAUCUUAUUACACACCAUUUCCAAUCAUUUGGAAACCGCACUCAUUUGACAUGUGUGUGCAUGUUUUACAGGGACAUAGAUGAUGCUUUGGUCAUCUUCCAGCUCUACGAGAAGAUCAAUGUGCCAGUGGAUUGGGACCGAGUAAACAAACCCCCUUACUCCAAACUGGGCAGCAACAUGAAGAAGGUGAGACUAGGAACAAUAUGUUCUCCCACUGUGCGAUCAUGAUUUAACCGAUCAAUUGUACUUUUUUUUUUAAACAAUACAAAACAUACACAUAUAAACGACAGCAUACAGACGUACACAAAUAUCAACGACAUCACACCUACCCAGACCCACCUGCUCACACCCCCAUCUCCGGCACCCACAUCACUCUCCGCCACAUGGCCUCAAACUGCACCAUUUUGUUUUUCUCCAUCGCCCACGCACUUUCAACAUUUAGAUAAUAAAGCAUUUGACCUUGGAUUGGUUGAUUUCCUGUUUUUAAGUAUACCGUUUUUCAAGAUGAUUGACGAGAAAAGUAUCGUCCAACCCAUCGGGUAUGUCACUACACUUUCAUAUGCCAUGUCUUGAAAUAUGCAGACAGAUUAAAAGCACAUUUACAUUGUAAUACUUAUGACAGCCAACUUUCUAACUCCGCCGAUAACCUUUUGACUUUAUAGCAUUCCCAGAAGGCAUUGAUUAUUCAGUUAUUGUUAGUUUUACACUUUAUACAUGACUCUGUCGUUGUGCUGUAGAAUUUGUGAAUUAUGUAUCUUGUAUAAUAAAUUCUAUACAUUAGUUUAUACUGGAUUAAGCUUAAAUUUUCUUUACCUCCAUCUUGUGCCAAUAUCAGUACUUUUUAAGUCUUGGUUCCAAUAGUUUAAGAUGUUGUCAGUUGGAUAGGCUCUCUGCAAGGUUUUGUAUAUCUUACCUAUCAUAUGAAUAUAAUUUUCUGACUCAAAUAGGAUUCCCUCAAGAUUGCUCUGAUGUCCAAAAGAUUUCAAAUCGAAAUUUCGCAAAAUGAAACUUUUAAGUUGCAUGUAUUUGAAAAUGUCUACAUUGGUCAGUCCAAAAUUGCCUUUUAAUUCUGUCAUGGAAAUAAAUGUGUUUCCUAUUACCAAGUCAUUUAUGGUUUCUAUGCCUUUAGUUUUCCAUGUGGACCAAUUUAUCAGUGCAUUUUGAAAAGUUAUCCAAGGAUUGUGAUUUUAUGGAGUGAUAUUGGUUCUUGUAGAAUACGUUUCAUUUUCUUCCAUAUUGUUAUAGUGUUCUUAGCUAUGAAGAUGUUAAUGUUCUUAGCUUUAUUCUUUGAAAAUAGACACGUAAAAAGAUUCUGGUUUAAGCAUGCACAUCUUCAAUAUGUACCCAUUGUUCCUCUUUAGUGCAUUUAACUACACUGAGUAUAAAAAACAUUAAGAACACCUGCUCUUUCCAUGACAUAGACUGACCAGGUGAAUCCAGGUAAAAGCUAUUACAUUUACGUCAUUUAGCAGACGCUCUUAUCCAGAGCGACUUACAGGAGCAAUUAGGGUUAAGUGCCUUGCUCAAGGGCACAUCGACAGAUUUUUCACCUAGUUGGCUCGGGGAUUAGAACCAGCGACCUUUCGGUUACUGGCACAACGCUCUUAACCACUAAGCUACCUGCCUUAUUGAGGUCACUUGUUAAAUUCACUUCAAUCAGUGUAGAUGAAGGGGAGGAGACAGGUUAAAUAAGGAUUUUUAAGCCUUGAGACAAUGGAUUGUGUAUGUGUGCCAUUCAGAGGGUAAAUGGGAAAGACAAAAGAUAUUAGUGCCUUUGAACGUGGUAUGGUAGUAUGUGCCAGGCGCACUGGUUUGUGUAAAGAACUGCAACGCUGCUGGGUUUUUCAUGCUCAACAGUUUCCUGUGUGUAUCAAGAAUGGUCCAUCACCCAAAGGACAUCCAGCCAACUUGACAAAACUGUGGGAAACAUUGGAGUCAACAUGGGCCAGCAUCCCUGUGGAAUGCUUUCGACACCUUGUAGAGUCCAUGCCCAGGCGAAUUGAGACUGUUCUGAGGACAAAAGGGGGGGUUCAACUCAAUAUUAGGAAGGUGUAUAUAUCGCAAGUAAAAGCCUUGGUUGGCAGGUUGAUACAAUUCCAAGUCUGGAAAGUUAAAAGCACCCUCUGACUAAGGAAGAUGUAAAACUUCUAUGAGUUUUAUUCGUUCUGCAAGCGGUUCAAUUGCCAGUGCAAACAGGAGGGAGGAGAGAGGACAUCCUGUCUUGUGCAUCUUUCUAAAGCAAUUUCAGCAAUUAAUGUAUUAUUUGUGUAUAUUUUUGCAUUAGGACAUUUAUAUAAUAUUUUUAUUACAUGUAUUAUUUCUGCUGCAAAGUUGAAUGCUUCCAAAGUUUUUAAUAGAAAAGUCCAUUCAAGACGGGUCGAAAAGCCUUUCCAGCAUCAACAGCCAUUAUUGAUAAAUCUAUAUAUUGUUUUUUAGUGUAUUGUAUUAAACUGAAACAUGUUCUUGUAUUUGUUUGUAAGUGUCUAUUUUUAAUAAACCAUGUUUGAUUGAUAUGUAUCAAGUCUGGUAAGACUUUUGCCAUACUAUUGCUUAUGAGCGUUAUUAUUAUUAUUUUAUUGUCACAAUUUAUUAAACUUAUGGGUCUGUAAUCAGCAGUGGACUCUCCAGAUUCUCCUGGUUUUAAUAUAACUGAAAAAACUGUUUGAUACAUGGAACUAAGAAGCACUGAAUUGAGUGACGUGUGUUGUCAUUUGUGUAUAUAGGGGGGCUACUUUGUCCCAAAAUGUUAAAUACAAUUAUUUGGGAAAGCCGUCCAUUCCUGGUGCUUUGCUCCACGUGAACGUUUUAACAGUAUCUAAUAUUUAUUUUUGGGUGAUCUCUGUUUUUAGUGAAAAAAUUUUGUCUGCUGAUAAUUGCUUCAGGGUUGUUGAGUCUAAAAAGGCUGUAGGAUCGGUCCAACUGUUGUUUAUUUCUGAUUUAUAUAGAUUUUCAUAAAGCUUUUCAAUUGAUUGACUGAUUACUGAUUGAUUGAUUAUGUGUUUGUCUGUGCUAGUUGGAGAACUGUAACUAUGCAGUGGAGCUGGGGAAGAAGGAGGCCAAGUUCUCCCUGGUGGGCAUCGCUGGACAGGACCUGAAUGAGGGCAACAGAAAACUCACCCAGGCCCUACUGUGGCAGCUGAUGAGGAGGUAAUGCAACAGAAUAGUGUUAAAAUGCUUCAGAUUAUACAUUUUUCCUGUUCCGGUCAUGUGAUCAGGAAAAACUCCUAUGCAGGCCCAAUGCAUACUCCAUAAUUCCACAUUUAGAAGGAUCCAUCUCUUUCUCUCAGGUACACACUGAACAUUCUGGAGGAGCUUGGGGAUGGGCAGAAGGUGAAUGACGACACCAUCGUCACCUGGGUCAACGACACACUCACACAGGCUGGCAAAGGCACCAUCUCUGGAUUCAAGGUAGGCUGUACCUCUGCUGUUUAACCUUUUCCUGACCAUGGUAACUUUUUUGAAGUUCUAGACUUCAUUUAGUCACUAAAAUACAAAUACAGCACCCUCCACAGCAAUAGUUCAGUGUGUGUGUCUGUGCCUCUGUAGGAUGGGUCCAUUGCCACCAGUAUGCCAGUCCUGGACCUGAUUGAUGCCAUCCAGCUAGGCUCUAUCCGCUAUGACCUAAUCAAGGUGGAGGACCUAACUGAGGAGGAGAAGCUCAAUAACGCAAAGUACGUACCACGUGAUGAUAAUCAAAUUUGAGUACUAGCUUAAUGAAAGAGAGGAAACGUUCAAGCUAACAGAUAAGAUGUAAAGAUUGCCCCACUAACAUAUCCCCUCUGAAUCCUACCUGUUGUCAGGUAUGCCAUCUCCAUGGCCAGGAAGAUCGGAGCGCGGGUGUACGCCCUGCCUGAGGACCUGGUGGAGGUAAAACCUAAGAUGGUGAUGACGGUGUUCGCCUGCCUGAUGGCCCGGGGCAUGAAGAAGGUG